AUGAAGGUAAUAGUUCUUUUCCCUUUUUUAUUUAUUACUUCAUCCUAUUCUUUUUCUUUACUUCCUCUUCCACUUAAAUUCUAUUAUUUUACUUCCAUUUUUUUUUUCCUUUCUUUCUUUGAUUAUUUUUCUACCAUUUUAUCCUCAUUUAUUUUUUUUCUUUUCUCUUUCUUCUUCACAAACUUUCCAUCAUUCUUCCCUUUUGAUUUGACACUUAAUCUCUUUCUCUUUCAUUUUCUCCUCUUCUUAUAUUCUUCUAUUUUUUUUCUCUUUUGCUUGGAAUUUUUUUAUAUCAUUUACAUCAUUUUAUCCUUUUUUUCUCCUCUCUUUCUUCUUCACAAGUUUUUAUCAUUUUCCCCUCUUAAUCUUUUUCCUCUUCCUUCACUUUCUCCUGCUUUUAUAUUCUUUUAUUGUUUUCUUUUCUUUUUCUUUAUUUCUUUCUUUUUUACUUUGACUUGUUUACAUCAUUUUAUCCUUUUUUCUUUUCUCUUUCUUUUUCACAGUCUUUUUUUUGCUUUCUUCACUUCCUCCUUCUCUUAUAUGUUUUAUCAUUUUCCUUCCUUCUUUCUUUCUUUCUUUAUUUAUUUAUUUAUUUAUUUAUUUAUUUUCCCUCCUUUGGCACUUAAUCUAUUUGUUUUCAUUCACUUUCUACCCCUCCUCAAUUAUUUUAUUCAUUUUUUUCUUUUUUCAUUUUUUUUCUUUCUUUCUUUUUUGCUUUAA